GAGGUAGAGCACCACCUUAGUGUCCGCUCCCGCCCACCAGAAUCACAUCUGCCCCCCUAAAGCACCACCCGUCAGACAGGCUAGUCACAAUCGUGUUACCCUCCAGGAUCCUCCGAGUCCCUCUUGACAGGAUGGGCCUCCUGCUCCUGCUCACCUACUCGCUCCUGUCCUGCUACCUCCAAGCUGGGGGAGUGGUAACCGCACAGCCGCAGAGAUUAUUUACAAUAAGAGACAUCACCCUGUCCAUCGAGCCCAGCAACGAUGUGACCCGGGACAUUAAUGUGACUCUGAGGUGUCAGGCCAUGGUCAGCAGCUCGGGGGAGGAGGCUCUGAGUAGAGAGUACACCAUAUUCAAGGAUGGAAACACGGUCUACAGCAAAACCUCCAGCAGCUCUGAGGAUCUUCUGUAUCCACUGCCACAAGCCAGAGUCUCCAACAGCGGCAAAUAUAAGUGCAAAAUCAACAUCGGGGGCAAACAGCUGACCAGCAGCGUGCAGAAGCUCACAGUUACAGGCUUGUCGAAACCUGUUCUCCACCUUAACAACGGUGUGGUCAGUGAAGGGGAGGAGCUAGCAGCCAGGUGUACGGCCCCCGGUGAGACAGGAUCCAUUUUCUUUUACUUCUACGAGGACUCCACAGAGAUCCUGGAGAGGCAGGUCAGCUCCAACCAGGCAGAGGCCAAACUUCGCCUCAGCAAGGCGGGCAGCCACAAAAUUCACUGUGACUACAUUGUCCUCGUACCCCCGGACUCCUUCAAGUCCGAGGGAAGCGUCCCCAUCCCAGUUUCAGUUAAAGAGCUCUCCAUCACACCAGUUUUGGAGAUUUUUCCUCAGUACAAAAUCUAUGAAGGAGAUCAACUCACAAUCUCAUGCUCAAUCACAAACUUCCGGUACAAGCCUGAAAAUAUUCAACUCUUCCUGAGCCAGGGCACCAAUCUCCUCAGCAUCGGGGAAUCCAAAGUCAACCACAGCAUGGUCGCUCUGGCAAAGGACCCCGGGGAGUUUGAGUGCAGAUUAGAAAUGGGAAAUUUUGUGAAAGCAGCAACAAAGACUGUUUCAGUGACUGAGCUGUUUUCAAUGCCCACUCUCACAUUGUCUCCUGCUGAAGUCUUUCAAAAGGAGUAUAUGACACUGACAUGCAGGAGUGAGAGCUAUGCCUCCGAAAGACUCAGCAAAGAAGAGCUGACUUUUGCCCUUGAUCCACCUCAAAGCCACCUGAUGCUCGAAGGCCCUGGAGUGUUUUAUGGCAAGGUCCUGCAGUCUGACUUCAACUAUACCUGUGUGGCUCAAGCAAAGGGCAUUGUGAAACACAGCAGAACCCUGACUGUACGUCCCAAAGUUUCUGUCUCCAUUCCAAAGAUCUCGGUGGUUGGCCGGGCUGUCCUACAUCAGUCUGUCAAAAUCCUCUGUCAGUCAGAUAUUGGCAGCCUGCCGAUAAACUACACCCUGCUGAAGGAUACCGCCGAAGUGAGCGUGAUGAGCAUCAAGCUGCCCUAUCAACAAGCUCUCUUCACAGUCACCAUUACCCACCCUGCUGAAAUAAGCAAGUUCACGUGUAAGGCGAAAAAUAGUCACAAGGAAGCCCAACGCAGUAAAAGCCUCAACGCUACGGUCAUAGUGCCUCUGACACACCCAACUUUGACCGUCAUCCCUGACAUAGCAGAAAUCUCUGAGGGAGAUCAUCUCUUCCUCAUAUGUGGGGUCGACGGAACACCCCCAGUCAAAUUUAAGUGGUACCGAGUUGGCAAUCAACAACCCGUGCACAACACAACCUCCAACACAAACCACUCAAACUAUCAGGUUCCCCUGUUGUCUAAAGAGCACGCUGACAACUACUACUGCGAGGCCGUGAACCAUGCCAACAAUGUUGUCCGCAGUGACCCGGUCAUCAUAGAGGUGCGCAUGGCAUUGUGGAAGAAAGUGCUGAUCGGAGGAUUCUGUCUGCUGACGGGGGCGGUGUUGGUGGUGGUGUUGGUGCUGUGCUUCAAAUCCAAGAGAGGUAAAAGAGAAGCAGCCUCUGAAUUGUCAGUAAAGCCUUCGAGCCCUAAAUCAGAUGACUCUAAUCCACCCAUAACAGUGAAUCUAACCCACGACACAGAGGUUUUUAAUGCAGACACAGACGCAGCGCCGCUCUUUAAUGGCACGGAGGGGAGAGUGGCCAAUGGGGCACGAGAUAGUGCGGCGUCACUUCCCGUUGACAUCAGCAACAGGAGCAGCUACAGUAUCCCAGCAACAGUAUAGAGAUGCCAAACAAUGGUCGAGACUUAAAUUAAAUUUUUACAUGAUGCAAUAAAAAGAGACUUUGAGAGCAACUAAUGCAGUUUUCGAAGGAUUUCUGAACUUUUUGAAGGAUUUGGAUACUUUUUCACUUGUAAAUUUAGUAAGUGAAAAGGAGGGGUGUUAUAAAAAUAUAUACACCAGCACCCACUGCUCCCUCUCCCUUCCUCUUGCCAAGUAGAUGGCUUUUAAUUUGAUGCUCAACCAUAACUGUCUUUGUUUUUGUAUCCUUUGUUCCUUCAUGUUUUCAUUUCUUUGUGAUUUUAUGUCCUUCAUUAUUGUUGCGACUGCUCUAUGAUGCAUGUUUAAAUUGGCAUGGUAACUGAUUUGUAUAUACAUUUGAUCAUUAUGACAGGAAAUGUCUGUAUAUAUUUUUGGUUGAUCCGUGGCUUCUAAAGAGACACUUGUAGAAUAAAAACAUUUGAUUUAUUUAGAA